AUGUCCGCUGAUGACAUUUUAGUAAACAGUAACAUUAACACCUUUGUAAAUCGAAUUCUGUUAUUAGCAUCGAUACUACUCUGCUUCGUUCGCUCGGUGCUACGAAACACGAUACCGACUGCUACACGGUACCGACGCUUUCGUAAUUGUAACCGGCUCGAGUUAGCCCAUCGAUACAAUAAGCAACUGCUGCCAAUACUUCUAGGAUGCCCCGAACCACGAGUAUGCGCGAAAAACUGCUUCGUAUACAUCAACGAAAAUGGUUGUCAGGAUUGUCAGUGUUUAUGGCAAUCACUUAGUAAGCCUUUUAAAACUUCCUUACUUUACUGCGAUCUAGGAAAAUGCAACUGCCGUAUAGGGCUACGCCAAGAUAUGACACAUUCUGGAUUUUGCGAAGAAGAUCCUAAUUUCAAAAAACAACCUUCCAAGACUGGUACGUUAUUGUUACAAUGCGUAAACCACUCUACAGAGGUAGCACGACAUUCAAAGUGCAGGUUUAACAUUUACACCAUACACUAUGCUUAG